AUGAUGGGGCACAUGCAGAGGAUUGGUACGCCGUACUUUGAGGGCGGAGUUAGCCAGAGGCGGCAGGAGUGGCGUCAGAGAUUGGAGCGGAAUUUCAGUCUAUCAGAUUGUUUAGUACCAGUGGGCGGUUUUGAGUCCCACGUUUUAUUCGACUCUGGAGCAUCGAAUUGCUUCAUUACACCGGAGCGUGCCGAGAAGAGUGGCAUCCGGAGUAGCGCGGGCGAGAGCGCGGGCAUGGUCAAGGUGGCGGGAGGUGGAUUCUUGUCUACUUUGGGCCGUGCUAGAGGAGUCGAGAUCGAGAUUGCGGGGCAGUCAAUGCCAGCAGACUUAGUCAUCAGUCCGGUGGAGCUGUAUGACGUUAUUCUCGGGAUGGACUGGUUGUCACACUACAGAGUUCAUCUGGAUUGCUACAGAGGUAGAGUGGUCUUCGAGCGAGAUGCAGGGAGGUUGGUUUAUCAGGGAGUGAGACCGACUUCCGGGAGUAUUGUGAUAUCUGCUAUUCAGGCCGAGCAGUUGUUAGAGCGGGGCUGUGAGGCGUAUCUGGCGACGAUUUCUAUGUCUGAGUCAGGAGCUGGAGUUGUUAUGGGAGAUAUUGAGGUUGUCCAGGAUUUUGAGGAUGUCUUUCAGUCACUGAAGGGAUUACCACCAUCUCGGUCUGAUCCUUUCACGAUUGAGUUAGAGCCGGGGACAGCACCGAUAUCGAAGACGCCUUACAGGAUGGCGCCAGCUGAGUUGGCAGAGCUGAAGAAGCAGAUAGAGGACCUUUUGUCUAAGGGGUUCAUUCGACCGAGUGUUUCACCGUGGGGAGCACCGGUGUUGUUUGUGAAGAAGAAGGAUGGCAGUUUCAGACUUUGUAUCGAUUACAGAGGUCUUAACCGAGUCACUGUGAAGAACAGGUACCCACUCCCGAGGAUUGAUGAGUUGUUGGAUCAGUUGAGGGGUGCUACUUGGUUCUCCAAGAUUGACUUGGCAUCGGGGUAUCAUCAGAUCCCGAUAGAUGAGGCAGAUGUCAGGAAGACUGCUUUCAGGACGCGUUAUGGGCAUUUUGAGUUUGUGGUUAUGCCUUUCGGUUUGACUAACGCGCCGGCAGCCUUCAUGAGAUUGAUGAACGACGUGUUCAGGGAGUAUUUGGACGUGUUUGUCAUCAUUUUCAUUGACGAUAUUCUGGUAUACUCGAGGAGUCAGGAGGAGCAUGCGACUCACUUGAGGUUGGUUCUGGAGAAGCUUCGGGAGCAGAAGCUUUUUGCUAAGUUGAGCAAGUGCAGUUUCUGGCAGCGAGAGAUGGGAUUUCUUGGCCACAUUGUUUCUGCAGAGGGAGUUUCUGUGGAUCCGGCUAAGAUUGAGGCUAUCAGAGAUUGGCCUAGACCUAGUAGUGCCACCGAGAUCAGGAGUUUUCUGGGUUUGGCAGGAUACUACAGGAGGUUCGUCAAGGGGUUUGCUACCAUGGCGCAGCCGAUGACGAAGUUGACCGGGAAGGAUGUCCCUUUUUUGGUCAGCUGA